AUGUUCAUGCAGUCGGCAGUCAGUCAAAGACAUCGAGACACUCGAACGCGACUGGAUCCUGGCUCAACUAAAGGCAGGCGGUGGACUAUGGGCCUGAUCCUGGGGUACACAAUUAUGUCUCUCAUGGUAGUCAAGGUCGCCUCCGCAGCAGCGCUUUAUCAGCAGCAACAUCUACAACAGCAACAUCUACAGUCCCCCAACGACAUUGAGUCCUCAGCAGACGAACCAUCAACCACGGAGCCUGAGCCUGAGCCCUCCGACGGCGACAGUGACAGCGACAUCGACAAGAUGCGGGCCAAGUUGCAGCAACUGCAGCAUGAGCAGCAGCAGCAGUAUAUGCGCCAGCAGCAACACCAGUUGCAACUGCAUCUGCAGCAGAUGCAGGCGACGCAGGGAGCUGCUGGGGAAACCGCCUACUUAUUGGAGCGUGCCGACAGCAACAUUGCACCCAUCUACGGGACGUGGCGCACGAAAGCGCAACGGCAGCAACACGCAACAUCGUCGCACGAACCGGACGACGCCCAUGUCUAUGAGCGUCUGCCCAAGCGAUCGGCGACCAUGACGCCUCUGAGGGGGCUGCUGCGUGACCAGAUGCCACGCCCACCACGUCUCACCACCCAGGACAUGCAGUUGUCCUUGGGCUCGCCGACCCCGCCGCCGGCGCCCACAAAGGCGUUGCUAAGGCGUCAGUACUCGGAAACUCCGGGAUCCCGUGCUCAACGAAACCAGGAGGACUUCAAGCCCAAGCCCUUUCACUUUCCCUACGAUGGCCCCCUGCCCGAGCAGUUCACCAAGGGGGCGACGGAAGGUCGACCGGAGCUGAACAACAUCCAGGACAUCCUGCAGCACCUGCACAUCGGUGGUCUGGCGCCCAGUAAGCUGCCACCCAUGGUAAUGAUGCCCACGGGCUUGCACAUUGCCGGUAGCUUCAAGAACCUCAAGUCCAGUGGCAUAGGGAACUUCUUUCGGGGGAAGCGCAACAAGAAGCAGAUGCAGUUUAGCAUUCCAAUGCCCAUGUUUCCCAUGGCCAUGCCCAUGCCAAUGCAGUGGUAUGCUCCUGGGGUCGGGAUGAUGCCCCACCAGAGGGUGGCCAUCGAUCAGUUGUAUCCCUACAAGCCCCGAUCCCCGCAAGAUGUUAAUCUGCUGGCCAUGCAGUCACUGGGCAAUGGGAAACCACUGUCGAAAAAGAAGAAAAAGAAGCAGCAGCAGCAGCAGCAACAACAAUUGCUGGAGCAUGGAAGCCAGCAGCAUUUUGUAGCAGAUCCCUUCGUGCAGCACUUUCCACCAUCUGUGCUUUCGCUGAAUGCCACUAGGCAGCCGCAGCUGAAGAGGGUUCCCUUCAAGGUCAAUCUGGAUAUAUAUCCAGUGCUGCCACCUUCGCGACCCGCGUCCGUGAUGCGACAUCCCUUCCAGCAGGAGUACGCCCUGCCCUCGCCGGCUGCCUUGACGGGGACCACAGCGGCCGCUUUCCACAUGGGUCACGGCCUCUACCAGACGCCCUUUAAGUUCCCCACCCAACAGCCAGUGGUUUUUCCCGAUCAGGCCACCAGAUAUAGUCAGCAGCAGGCCUUGUACCAGGCGCAGGCCCACAAGUUUCCGCCUCCGAAGAGCGUGCAUGCUGAUGAGGCCAUUUAUGGCCAGAGUCUGGGACAGAGUCAGGGUCAGGGUCCAGUGGAGAGCCAAACGAACCCAAUUAUGCUGCACCUGAACGUAUUCCCCAAGCAGAAACCCACUGCCACGAUUCGCAGCUCCACCAAUCCGUUUUACAACCACAACAUGCAACGCAACACGAUCAACUCGAACGAUUUGCCACCUCCCAAUCCGCCAAGUCCAAUAGAACCGAGACAAGCAGGUAAUGGUAACGUUACUCACCUGCAGCAACAGCAACAGCAGCAGCCACAGCAGCAACAUCAUCCAUUGUUCAAUCAAACCCAGCAGCAACACCAAACGUCACAACAGCAACAUCUGCAGACUCAGGCUGGCAAUCGCUCUAGUACCAUUUCCCGCAGCGAUCACCAGCCGCUGAUUGACUUUGAGCAUCCCAUUGUGGCCGCCGAACUGCCGGAUCCUGUCUCCUUGGCCAACUUUCGGCAGGAUCAUCGGUAUAGGAAAACGCCCGUGGACGAGCACUUUCGCUACCAGAAGAGCGCCAACAUCGAACAGUUGGCUGCCGAGGCCCAGACCGCCUCGCUCUUCCGCUUUCCCGUCGAGGAUCUGAUACAGUUCCAGGUGGAUGAUGCUCUCUAA